AUGUCCAGUGAACCUGCAGGUCCAGCCGUCCCGUCCAAGACCCAUCAACCUCACCGAGUUCAUCGCGUAUCCUUUCAACCCUCUCCUGGAGUCGCCUCUAUGGAUCAACCACUCUCAUCGAGCUCAGCGCCGCCCAAUCUCGUUCAAUCAGCUUCAGUGAUGAAUCCCUCACACCCUGAGCCUCGUUCGCACGACCACAACCAUGACCAUGACCACACCAAGGCAUCUACCAAGUGGCGGCUACUGGCGCUCAAGUCUAAACCUACAUUAAGUCGGACAUGGGAGAAGAGAUCGUUCGUUGAGGAACAAAUGAGCGCUCCGUUAUCGUUAUCGCAACAGCCUGUCAAUGGACCAUUCCAAGGUCGACAAGAGAUGCAAAUGCCAUCAAGCUCCAGACCUACUUCACUCUAUGCUUCUCCUUCUGCCCUCGCUGCCUUUCGCACUUUACCGCCUCAUUCUGCGCCGUCAACGCCGACCAACGCGACCAGUCAUGUCUAG